GACGCGCGGGCAGUCCCCUUCGCGACAACUUUUGUACCAACGCCCGACUGUGGCAGCAUUGGAUCUCCAGACGCAGUGAUUUCACUGUCUAUCCGCCGAGCUGGCGCUCACUUCCUAAGCGUGGGGCCACCGCCCUGCGCCGGUACCACCAUUCCCACUACCGCCGGUCCACCCCAGGAUGCUAUGCCAAUGCCCCAAACUCACGCCCCUCCAGACCCGUCUCGUUGCCUCUCUGGGCGCACUUGCGCUCAUUGUGCUGGUCUACUGGUCACUGUCGAAUCCGCACUUCGCAUACGCCGCUGAGUUGGCAUAUGAUGGGACCGGGCAGCUGAGGGGCGGCGAAGACCACAACUGGCAUCGGAUACGAGAGUCGGAAAAUGAAGACGGCAUCAAUGAGGGUGAAGAGCGAGCGACUGGCAAGAAGGGUGCGUCGACACUAGCCAAGAGACAAAGUGCAGAGGCAGCGCAGAUCAGCGGCAACAACAUUGGCACGCCUUACAAUGUAUACCCAGGCAACACGACUAUCUUUUUGUACCCCAACCGCUUUCUGGCGGCCAAUCGCACUGAGAAAGGACCUGGGCUUCCAAAUGACUUGACUGGAAAGCGGGAUGUCCAUUCACAGCACGCGGAGCUGCGCAAGCGACAAGACAGCAAUACGGACCGGACUAUCUAUAUCUCUGCAAACGUGUGCUCGCAACCAACGAAUAAUACAGAGGUCGCCUCUCUGUCCCCAGGUCAGCUUACACUUUAUGUGUCCACCACCUCUGAGAACCAGGCUCCCGGACCGGGCGGGCGCAACAACACGCAGACCGUUCAUCCUUUUAGAGGUGGAUUUGUGAACGCAUCCGUGCCCAAUGCCAGCGGCGACUGGUACAUGGCCGUGCAUGCUCCCGGUCUGCCAGAAGGUUUUACUGGCUUCUGGAACCUCGAGUUGGCAGUCUCCAUUGACGACUACUUCCAUGCUGCUGAGUUCAACGAUCCAUUCUUAUACCAGGUCGAUACGGACAUCAACUCCGCACUCUUGGUCACGGACAACCUGACGCAAGCUGCGCCCGAUGACCCUGUCUAUCAAGAGUGGCUAGAUCUAGCAGCGCCGUUCAGUCUGUUCGUCAGCAAUAAAAAUCUUACCGGCUUGGUCGGGAUGGAGAACUCAUAUUGCGGCCUGCAAAACUUCAUACGCGCCAACAAACAGCUGAAGGCUGAUCAGAACGAUUUGUCAGGCAAUGAGACGAACAUAUCCAUGGGUAUGAUCACGCGCGGUCUGGGACGCAAGCCAAAGGAACAGUUCUAUGUCGACAAUCUCAAUGGUUCGAGUGAAUACAAUGCGUACCUUGCCCUUGACGGCAAUUCAACGGCAUCUGGCGACGGCGUUGUAGGUGGUGGCGGCAAGGUCUGGAAAGCUGUUCCGUUCAGGACGAAGACGGAUGGCAAUUGUCAACUGCUCUUCAACUUGACGUUCUGCGACGAAGUGGCGUACGCCGUUCCUGCGAACCCAAAUAAUCCCGAUGUCGGGACGUUCGAAGCCCUGCAGGAAUUUUACGAAAACUAUACUCUGAAGUGGUAUGCGCCUUUCAACUACACCUUGGCGCAAAUCCCGUGCAAUACGACUUCUGAGUCCAAAUACUCACUGGCCAAAGGCUGCGAUGACUGUGCAGCAGCGUACAAAGAGUGGCUGUGCGCUGUUUCCAUACCUCGAUGCGAGGACUUCUCGAACAUGGCGGAUCACUUGCAAAUACGUAAUGUUGGACAACCUUUCUACAACAACAAUUCGAUGCUCAGCGACACGAAGCUGAACGAGAAUUAUAUUAAUAUGGAAGACGCCCCUACAGUUGAUGGCACCAUCGCUUUUGAUCAGACCCUCAUUUCGAGCUUCGCCACCAAUCAGUCGCGAAAUUCCGCAAUCGAUGAAACCAUCAAACCCGGGCCGUACAAAGAGGUGCUGCCCUGCGAGGACCUGUGCUACAGCCUGAUGCAAAGCUGCCCUGCAUCCAUGCAAUUCGCUUGUCCCUAUCCUGGCCGAGGGCUGGAAAGAGGAUAUGGGAAACGAACUGGUGACUUGACUUGCAGCUAUCUGGGUGCAGUCUAUUACUUGGGUGACGGAACGAACGUGCAACUAUCCUUGAUGAGGACAAUAGUGGUGGCAGCACUGACGGCAUUUGCGAUUGCCUUGAUAUGAGCAACGCUCGCGAAUGGACACAUGAUGAGGAGCGUUUAUGAUACCCAAGAUAGAGAUGAGAAUGGACAUAUGAUCCGUGCGCAUGAUACGAUCACUGACACGACUUCCAAGUAUGAUAACC